AUGGCUGGGACUGCAUCCCCGACUAAUUUGCUGUUUGCCCUUAUAAUAGGGGUGGAUGUGUACCAGAGAUCCGAAUACAACCUAUCGCGAUCCGUCAAUGACGCCAAGAAGGUCGAGGAUUACCUUCUUCAUCACCAUAAGCCACCGGUCACGCCUGAUCGCAUUCUCUUUCUUCAAGACAGCGAUGCUACGACACGCGCCAUCAUCGACUGUCUCGAAUACAUGUACAAGGAUGUCGCUCCGCGCGGUCGCUGGCGGAAUAAAGCUCGACCUACGCAUGGGGAUCCCAUCUUAAUCUACUAUGCUGGUCAUGGCAGCUCUCUCAAGGUUCCAACGGGGUGGGGUCAUUGGAAGACGUCCGACCCCGGAAAGAUUCAAUGUCUAUCACCGCAUGACGCCGCUAUGGACGAUACUGUCAAGGGUGUCAUCACGGACCGGACAUUUGGCUGUUUGUUGGAACGGUUGGCCGACGCUCGAGGAAGUAAUGUGACUGUCAUUCUGGACUGCUGUCACUCCGGCGGUGGGACUCGUAACCCUAAAGCUUUUCCUCGUUAUAUGGACUUCCCGAAGGAUGCUACAAUCGACCCUGCUUAUCAACGCGAGUAUCGCGAAACCCAACACCCCGGUGGAGCUACCCAUUCCGGCCUUUCGCACUUCUUGAAUUACGGGCUGAAGUCUCACAUCCUUCUGGCGGCCUGCGGUCCAAGAGAAUAUGCAUACGACGGAGGAUUCGCUGAUGCUCUGCUGAAAGUGCUCAAGAGCGAGGAUGCACAUAGACUGACCUACGCUGAACUGAUCAAUCGCUUGGAUGGAUUGCCGGGUCAAACGCCACGAUGCGAAGGCGACGGAAAGGAAGUCCGGCUGCUGUUUCAAACCAACCAACGUAGUCGUAGGACCUACGACGUCGUCGGCGAUGGGAGUUCCUAUAAGCUCAUGAAUGUCGGUACCAGGUUUGGGUCGCUGAAGGGCGAUACCUUUGCCAUCUACAAACACGAUCAGGCUUUCAUGGAUGGCGCUGAGCGCCUUGCACAAGUGGUCCUCACCGAUGUACGCGAAGAACACAGCGCUGCAACGCUAUCUGGAGAUCAAGACGGGGCUCGUAUUCCAAAGACCGGGGCCGUUGCCGUUCUGCUGGGCGUUUCCAAUGCAUUCGGCGUAGCCGUUGACAUAGACGAGACAGCGAACCCUACACUGCACGCUCGUGUGCACAAGGCACUCGCACAGGUGUUCGUUGAGUCUUGCGAUACCCCCGAUCCGACUGCUUCUUCACAAGCUCCUAUCGCCCUUUCCUCUCCAAGCAGGGCAUGCCUUUCCAUUACGGAAGAUCCAUUCGAUGCCGAGGCCGUCAACUUCGAGCUUCUCGACGCACGCGUCCAAGAGUUGGGAUUAGGACCAUUGAAUGGAUUGGUGCAGGGCGACGAACGCUCGCUCACGUAUGCCCUGCGUUCGGCUGUCUCAUUCUUUCGGCACCUCGGACCAGCACCAGCCCAUCCGAUAUCUCCUGACGAUGUCCUCUCCGCUUCCACCAGCUCUUCGCCUUCCCCACAACCAAACCCACUCUUACGCGAUUGUGUGGUUGUGCGCCUUCAUAAACUGCGGGCGAGCUUGGGCGCGCCCGAACACGGUCAUCUUGCGCAAGUGUUUACUCCUAUCAACGAGCAGCAACCGUUCGUGGACGAUAUCCGGAUGCUGGGAACCUUCCGUCCUGUACUCACACGGGACAUACGAAACGCAACCUUGUAUGGACUCGACAUAAAGAACAUGACCGAGCACCUGUACCUGUACGUAUGGGUGUUCUACUUCAACUGCGUUACACUCGAAGUUAGCGAAUUCUAUUCGCCCCCUGUGGCAUCGAACGAUGGGCGCAGAUCCGAUCCACCCCUCGAACCUGGAAAGACGCUGCCGCUCAACUACGGCGAUUCCGGUCAUCCACCGCUUGCGUUUGAGCUUCCGCAAGGGCUGACGGCUGACGGCGGGUUCCUGCGUAUAUUCCUCUCGACCCGCUAUGCAGACCUAAAGAGUCUCGUUCAAGACCCUGUGGUGAAGCCGGGAAGAGCAAAGGCCCCGUUGACUCCAAGGCAGAUUUCGCAGCUCUGGGACAUGUGGGAUGCGAUUACGAUCGCUGUUAAACUGGAAUGA